GAUGAGGUCCAUAAAGUCCAGAAUCUUAUCAACGGUGAUGGAUGUCAAAAAUGGCUGUCAAAUAGUAAAGAAAAAACAGGGCAAAUAGAAGCCAUCUUUCAGUUGGAGGAUUUUUUAAAAGUAGCCUUUAUUGACGUUGGUACAAUAUGGUGUAGUACAAUAGAGAUACAAGUUGGAAGAUCAGAUUGGCCUCAAGAUAAACAAUAUCUGACUCUCUGUCCUACUGCUAGUUUAAUGUCUCCUAUAGACUGUCGACUCAAACAAAACAUCAACAAAACUAGGAUGUUUUCUAAAGAAGAGUUUAUUGAUACUGUAGUCAGAGAGAAAUGGGAUCGAAUCAAAUUAAUCUUACGACAACCCUAUCGUAAAGAUGUUCAGUUUGGUUUGUCUUUUAUAAAGAUCAAAUCAGCU